UGCCGAGUACGGCGGCUCAAUGGAACAAUUGGGGUCGUUUGUCUUUUUGUUUUUGCUUUUUUCCUCCUGUUCCGGGGCUGUGUAGCUCAAGGUGCUCCGUGCUGCUUUGAUGCCCCGCCGCUAACGGCCCCUGCAAGAGGGACGGAGUGGAUCCCCGGGACCAAGCAGCCAUUUCCUCGCUGGCCUCAGGCUCGAAAAGCAGUUGUCAUGCUGUCUUAUGUACAAAAGUUCCACUGUUUAGGGAUACUGUUAUGUAAAGUAAGCAGUGCUGCAGUGUAGUAAUAUUAAAACAUUGCAAGCAAACACCAAAAUGAGCAAGAGAACAAGCAGUGACAUUCCUUUAGGAAGGAUGAGUGCAGCAGCAUUCCCAUCUCCAGCUGCCGAAAUGGCAGAAAUGAACCGAAUUCAGUAUGAACUUGACUAUACUGAAGGGAUCAACCAGAGAAUGAGAGUUCCAGAAAAACUCAAGGUCGCUCCACCAAAUGCUGAUCUUGAGCAGACCACACAUGAGGGAGGACUUCCGAAUGCCAGUGUAACAAUGCAGGUGCCAGAGCGGAUUGUAGUGGCAGGCAAUAGUGAAGACAUUCCACUUUCCAGGCCCCCAGAUCUAGAUCUUCUCCAGUCGACUCCAUUCAAGCCUCUGUCACUGAAAACGCCGCCCCGUGUUAUUUCACUUAGUGAACGGCCACUAGAUUUCUUGGACCUAGAGAGAGCCACUCCUCAAACAGAAGAGGUUCGCUCAGUAGGAAGGCUGAAAAGAGAACGUUCAAUGAGUGAGAACGCAACUCGUCAAAAUGGUCAACUGAUAAAAAAUGAUUCUAUUGUGACACCAUCACCUCAGCAGGUUCGUGUCUGUCCUCCCCAAAUGUUCUCUGAAGAUGGAUCUAAUCUUUACUCUGCUCGGGGCAUUUUGUCGCUUAUCCAGUCUUCUACCCGUAGGGCUUACCAGCAAGUCUUGGAUGUGCUGGAUGAAAAUCGCAGGCCAGUGUUGCGAGGUGGGUCGGCUGCUGCCACUUCCUCAAACCCUCAUCAUGACGCCAGGUAUACUCUUUCAAAUGUGGAUACAUCAUUUGAUGGAACGCCAGAAGAUUUGACAGUUGUGGAUGCUGCUUCUUUGAGACGACAGAUAAUCAAACUUAAUCGCCGUCUGCAACUUCUGGAAGAAGAAAACAAAGAGCGUGCGAAAAGAGAAAUGAUCGUGUAUUCAAUUACUGUAGCUUUCUGGCUACUAAAUAGUUGGCUUUGGUUUCGUCGCUAGAAAUUGCCACAGAAAUUGCCACAAAGAUUUGAUGGUGGGAAAUAUAGGGAAUUUGCAACGUCUUUUGUUUCUGCCUCUGAAUUGUAUGGUGGUUUAUGAUCCAUGCACUGAAAACUUCUGCCACAGUAAACAGCUGUAACAUAACAUUACAGCGCUAAAGGGAUGCCUGGACAAUUGUAUUUAUUUUUUUCAGAUUUGUUGUAACAUGCUGUUUUCCUCCUUUUGCAUGACUUGAUGUACAUUUGUAUUGAAUUAUUUUGCAAAGAGGAUUGCCUCCACCUAGCAAAGGUGUCCUGCAGACAAUUCUCUUGUGUAGAAAGAUGCUAAACUUGGAUUUAAAUUACCUGCAAAAUGGCAUAACAAAGUAUGGGUUUCUCAUUGUUAUUCCAUUAUUACAUUCAGCACCUUUAUAGUUAACCUUAUUACACUUAUUUUCUUUUAGUCAGAUUUGAUGCAAUAGUGCACCAGAUUAAAAGGCAUCCUAUCUCAUGAUUAUCUCUCAUACAAGCACAUGUACAUAUUGACUGAAAGACAUUCUUUGCUAAUAUAAGUCAGCAGAUUAUCCAGAGGUGUGUGUAAGAUGUAUUUUAGCUUUAAUUUUGCAAAUGUUUUUUUCUAAAAAAAGAAAAUACAUUUUUAAGCAAGUCUGUCCAUGAGUGAUCUAAAGAUUAUGAACAAAAUACCAAUAGUAGUGUAUUUAAUAAAAGUCAACCCUAAGCAGUGUAUAA